GCAUUGAAAAUUAAAAAAAACUCAGGAAUUUCACAAAAUAUAUUUUGAAAUAAACGUAACCGUUACACACAUUUAUAAAUGGCCAGCAUAAACGUCCAGUCAAAAUCGCCGCUCAGCAGCCGCGUUUACAAGUUGUAUGCCAUCAAUUUCCACACGAAUUCGCUAAGUUCUAUACGGGAAGAGUUCAGGAGACGCGUACAAUUGGGCGACCGUAGACGGGUUAUAGUAAUCGACUUGGAAGAAGAAAAAAAGCUCUUAGCACUAAAAGUACGCAACACACAGCGCUUCGACGAUUUCACCGUUGCACUGGCAGCCAUCGAGCGCUGCUGCAAUGAAUACGCGAAUAUGUCCAGAAAAAUUGAGGAGGAAAAUAAGUUUAACUUAAUCGAUUAUUGGUUGGGAAAUCUUAAUGUGUCCACUGGCGCAACACUGCUAAGAAAGUCGAGCGUAGCAAUCAAGAAAGGACCGGUGAAGUCAGCGAAAGCCCCAGACACAUCCGCCCCUGAGAAGCGGCCAAAAGGUUCAAGAACUGCAACUAAUAAGAAGUCCGUUAUAAGUUUUCCCGUGUGUCCACAACUGGUGCCAAAGGAGCACAAUACAGUUGGGCGUCCACCAAUGCUAUCCAAGAGGAGGUACAUACAAGACGAACCGGAGCAAUCGAAACUAUUCAUAAUAAUCAUUGGCGAUAUGGACAAUGACUUUUACUUAAAAUUGCUAAGCAAGAAGGAACCACUUGAAGCUAUUGUGCACUUUCUGCCCGAAGAAUCCGGUUACGAUUUACUGCUUCCCCAUCCGGAGACCAAAGAACUACUCGCGCGCACCAUUGAGGAGAUACAAGAAGAAAUCUUCGAAAUGCGCCCAUUGGCCAUUACAAAAUCCACCGGUUACAUGCAACAUUAUUUACCAGUAAUUUCGCGCUGCCUCGCGGAAAAGUACACACAACAGAUCUACGACCAACUCAGCUACUACUUGUACGAUAUCGAGUUGCUGUAUCAACAAUACCAACACUACUAUAUCGAACCAUUUAGAAUAACCAAUGUCGCAAUGCCAGCGGGUGUAAAUGUGCAAGGAUUACAAGAAAUCGCCGAAUCGCUAACCAUGCAGGGAGCCUAUAUAAAUGCACCACUACCCGGUGUGGCUGGCGAUCAGGCAACCAUCUCCAUGUACUUGGAGGGCCUUCUGAACCAAAUAGCACAACGUGCACGCAAGCUAACACCGCAACAGGCCCAGCUCACCACACUGCCAUACACAAAAACCAGCUGUUUAGAUUUGAACAUGGAUUUACGCGAUGUCUACACGACGGCCUUUGAUAGUAUUUUGAAGGUGAAAUAUUUUGAACGUCUAUGCAUUGCAGAGAACAAUGAAUUGCUGCACGAGCUGCUCUUGUAUACGAACACUGCAUCGUUCGAACGAAUACACUACACCAGCCUGGAGUACAAUGCGAUGCGAGCGUACAUAGAUAAUAGUCGUGUGGAAAAUGUGUUCAAGAUACAGGCAUACGAGGAACUAUCCGAUAGAGAUCUUUUUCCACUGCCAUAUUAUGCAAAGUUAUACUUUGGUGAGAAUACUGUGAAACAGCAUCUCCAGAAUUGGUUGGUAAAAUAUAAUACUUACGAGGUGGAUGAGAUUAUGCCCGGCUGUAAGUUGUACCACUUCAAAUGCAACUACAAUGAAGUGUAUGAGGAGCAGGAAGUUGCAGUGUUGCCAUCGCCUUUGUGCUUUCGCGAUUUUACACUCUUUCAAAUGGAGGCCUUUUUAGAGGCUUUAGUAACGCCGGAAAUGUUAAAGACACAAGACGGGCCCCACAAAAUUGACGGGCCCACAAAAAGUUUCACAAAACAAAGUACAGUGGAAACGAAUAUCAAUGGAUUAGACUUGUCUAUAUUCAUACGUCCAACUUCGCUAAAAUGGCAAAAGGUCAGACGUUACAUGGAGUCACAAUUUUCGCGUGCUACCGGCUCAACUUUUAUACCGAAACAGAGAGCCACUCAAAUAUCGAUGCGAAAGGAAACUUCGAAGAUGAAUGCAGUGCCCGGAUUGCCACGCGAUCACCCGCUACUCAAGGGGUACAAUCUAGAGGAUAUACGUCAAGAGAUACAGAUAAAGAACUCAAGCUAUUACUUUCAGGAAGGUGCUCUGGAAUUGUACGAGGAGCGUUGGUGUUUCACAGAUAUGAAUAAGAAUUUAUUGUUCACAGUUAAUGGCAAUGUAUUCAAUAUCUUUCGACCACGUUUUUGGAACACCUGUGUCUCACCAUGUCUACGCUUCACGAACAAGAACAACAUUUCUGUGCGUGUGCUGAAUAAGGAAGAGGAAUGUGCGAAGAUUGUAAUCAACUAUCCCAAUGGCUUGGCAAUCUAUCACCAUGAGACCUAUGCCGAACAGGAAUGGUAUACAGGAGAAACGGUGAACGGUGAGCAACGACGCAUGUAUGUCGCCGAAGGAGCUGUGAUUGUGCAUUAUCAAAGUGAGGAUCUAAUUAUGGUGAUGCGUUAUAAUGGUGAAGUUUAUCGUUUAUACCAAUAUGAGUUUCCUGAAGGCGAGGAAGAAGAGUUGAAUGAAAUGACAGAAGAAUUAGAUCCUACACUCAAAAUAGAACUAAGAGAUAGCACAGCGAACAGGACAACAACACGCCGAACACAGAGGGCAAGUAAAAAGGAAAAAGAAAUGGAAAAUCAAAAUGAAAAAGAGAAGGCUAACGAAAAGGAAGAGACAGCUACUUUUCCGGAGUCAGUACGUGUGCGAAGCGGAGCGGUGUCAGCGAAAAAAUCAAGAUCUUCAAAACUUUCUGAUGGUUCAACAUUACAAAAAUCUAUAGUACUAGAAGAGCGUGUUAAACGGAAAACUGCAAAGAAUUUACUAAUUGAGUCAAUCGACAAUGAACUGAAAUUUCUCAAUGAAUUAUCAAACAAAUAUGGUCUAACAUAUCUACACCUGAUUGUGACCACAUCGAUGGGACUUAUUAUUAAUUUAACACAUCGCGGAAAGGUCUACAAAGGACACUCUUCGCCCACCCUCGAAUGGCAUGAUUAUUUCACAAACGAAAGUUAUGCCCAACGUGGCGAUGGUGUACGCAUGAUUUGGACGGCUGACUCUUUAAAGUGUUAUCACGAAGAUGGCACUGUUUUAAUAACAACACAGGCGGAAAAAAUCGAGCUAUUCAGUUUUGAUACAGAAACUGCGAUCACACAGAGUUCUUCGCACAUGGAAGAAGAAUAUGAUGGAGGUGGUGACUUCGAUGACUCAUCGACCAACCACUUACUCAUUGAAGGUCGCUACUCGAAGGAUAGCAAAAUUGGUAAAAAACCAGCACCCCUAAAACCACUUCCGAGGUCAAUAUAUACACGUGCACGCGUCUUUAAUACCUUUUCACAAUAUCUAAUGCACGGUGGUGAAGGAGAAGAGGAGCAUAGAAUUGAUGAUCCAUCGUAUGUGACAUAUCGCAACGACAGCUUCAAUGUGUUGCAUAAAAGAUAUGCUGAGGUAAAAAUCGAACUGUAUGAAGUGCCAAUUAACAAUAUUGUCGUCAGUAUAAUGGCUAUUGAUGGUAUAUAUGCAUAUAUCUACAAAGAAAUACCUGUGAGGGAGAACGUAAUUUCGGACGAUUACAACGAAAUACCAAGUUUUACCAAUGCAAUGGGUGGUAGUGCCACUGGCAGCACACAAAUGCAGGUACCAGUUACGAAAAGCAGUUCCAUUCAUACAGAUGGUAUUGAGUUGCGUAAUUCUGCUGAUUUGAGUCAGACGAUCGAGCAAGAGAUUAUAGUGCAGACAGUGGUGAAAGUUAGCUUUGGUAAUGAUUUUUCCAUGUCCACCACCGAAGAUGCAUGUGAACUUACAAUGGAUUUGGAACGUUAUGAUGAGGAGAAGGGUAAAGUGCUCGAUACUCUGGAAAUACGUUUCGAUUACGUGAAAAAUAUCGCCGAUCUCUUUCAAUACUUUGUCGAUCAGAUAUCAAAAUUUAAGAAUUACCAAAAACCCCAGUCGAAGGAGUUUUAUUUUUUGGAACAUCAAAAUGCGCAAUGUAACAUAACAGGCUUCCGCUUUGUUUGUGAUCUACCAAAGUCGGUAGAGUAUAGCUUUUCAGCCAGCAAUACUUUCACGGAACUUAAAAAGCUUAACAAUAUUAAUGAAAAAAUGACCAACGAUUAUCCUUGGUUCGAUAAGGAUAUGAAGAAAUUCCCACGUUUCCUUCCUUUGAAGAAAGAACGUGUGCCACCAAUAAACGAAACCUUUCCGCUCGUUUUACUAACCAACAUGUAUGUUAAAAUCCCACCACAAUUAUGCAAUACUGCCGAGAUACACAAAUUCGUGGAGCCCAUUGAAGACUUCACUUUCAAGAAGACGGAACGCUACUUGCGCGAUGCGCUCGAAUAUUAUUUACGACCACGGAUACGUAUUGAAUUGGCAAGACUCUGGAGUGCAAAUAAUUGGAAAUUAAAACACGAAAAACAUAAACAACGGCUGGUACGCGAACAGCAACGCACUGGGCUGUACAAGGCGAUGUUGCGGCAUAAUGUUUUCCCGAAGUACAAGCAAUUCUCUCAAGAAUUCGAUAGUCACGUAAAGAAUAUUGACUUUUUCCAAUUUGUAAUACUGCGUUGCUACAAGCCGGAGAAGGUGGAAGACGAACGAUUAGCUAAAGAACAGAAAUUUAAGAAAAAGAUAGGCAGAGAUAAAACACCGGCUGUUAUAACACCUUCCGAGCCUCAGAAAUCCCCCGAUAGUGGAUUACAAUGGAGGUAUUCAAAAGCAAAAUAUCGUGGUCGAAACCCUCCAAAAUGUAUAACCACUUUAACUCACACAACAGCUGAUCUCGAUGCUUAGAAAAUUAUAUUUAUGUGACUAUUUUGUACAAUUAACAUUAAAUGAAACCAAUUACGGUUAUAUUUAUUCUUUUCUCGGUCAAACGAA